UUAUUUUAGCACUACACGGCGUUUGCGGGUGAAAAGCGUGUACUGCACAUGGAAACAGGUAAUAUGGGUGGUGUGAGGCGGUGUCAAAUGAAAACCGAGAAGGCAGGAUAGAGAGCGGAUGAUAUUGUAUGCCAGUCUAUCGUCAAACUCGGUUACUCCGCGCUCAGCGUGUUUUCACCGCUACAUCGCGGACCUCGUGUCGCCCAAACUCGAAGGACUUGCUGGAACCUCGCUUUGCCGAUAAGAUGAUAUUCUUGUCAUUCACACCUAUUCGUCUCCUCGGACUUGUUGCGCGUGGUGGUAGGUAAAAAGCAGGCUUGUUUAGUGGGUCCCGGAGAUGAACAUGGACUCUGCAGCCCCUCCUCAGUGCGGACUGGAGUCAUUCGACAGGAAUGCCGCCGCAUCCGAAGGCAACUGCGAAUAUUUACAGUCCGUUAGCAGCGAAUCGAGCUCAUUCAUCAUGGUUCAGCCAAAAAAUCGUCUCGAAGUGCCGUCUAGGUUGUGGGUGUCAGCGGUCGUGGUCAUCGUGAUCGUCCUUCAAGUUGCCUCGACCACAGGACUCUUCAUAUACUUGAACAUGUCAAUGGCACAGGCUCGGACACAAGGUGUGGUGGAGGAACUGAGGUGCUUGGGUCUUCUGAACGCUCUGGAGAAAGAACAGGAUGUACCUGACGACCUGGUCCAGCUCUUUGGUGAACCGUGCAUUAAACUGGCAGAAGGACUCAAAGCAUACAUCUCCAAGGUCACAGAAAACGUAAUCUCAAAACACACCUUUCAAGAAAGAGUCGCUAUCCCUCCACGUACAAAAUUACUCACCACUGGCAGCCCGCGGCCGUCAGCUCAUCUUACUCUCAGAGACAGUGGACUGCAGGGUACAACAUCCUUAACCCCUCAGAAUGACCUUCACCAGUCCUGUCGCCAUCCCGUCCGUUCCUGGGGGAACCAGAGUUUCGGCUCCCACCUUCACAACAUGACCGUGUCCAACGGGCGCCUGCGUAUCCCUCGCGCAGGCCGCUACUACCUAUACGCCCAAGUCUACUUCCGUUACCUCACUCUGUCCAUCGACGAUUACCACUCGGGCUCCGACAGCCACCAGGUGGUGCAGUGCGUCUACAAGAAGACCGCCUACGUACGCCCCAUUCAGCUCCUGAAGGGUGUGGGCACCAAAUGUUGGUCUCCAGACAGCGAGAACGCCCUUCACUCCAUCUACCAGGGGGGCCUGUUUGAACUUCGUGCAGGAGACGAGAUCUUCAUCUCUGUGUCUUCUCCCACAGCUGUGUACGCAGAAGAUUCCUCCAGCUACUUUGGGGCCUUCCUGUUUGACCUCUGAGGGAAGCAGUUGGGGUUUGUGGUCUCAUUCUAAGGGAAAGGAAAUUGUUUCUGACGGAAGGCCCCACACGUGAAGAGAGGGAAGCAUAUAUUCUCCAGCAUUUGAUGGGUUCAAAAGACCAAACAAAUCAGAAAACCAUCUGGUUAUUGUGGACCAUUUGACCUUCGUAGGCUGAAUUGUAACAUUCAAUAGAGUGAGGAACUCUGGACUCCCAUCUGAAAGGGCAGAUAUCUGUGAGAGCUCUGUAAAGACGUUUCUGAAAAUGAGAACAAUGAUCUUCUCUAUUUAACCACAUAAAAAGCAAACAUAAUUCUAUAAAAUGAAGACUUUCACCUUCAACAAAUGCGCAAAAUUUUGUGCAAGCUGCUAUUCGUGCACACAAACAAUGCCAGAUUAAUAGUUUCCCACUUUCUUUUGAUGUUAUACUGUUUAUAUUGUUCAUUCUUUCCUAAAAAAAAAGACUGUCUGGGGCAGUGUGACCAAUCGCUUGAAGUCUUCAGUUAAUUAAAGGAAGUUGCUUUGUUGGGAAGCA